AUGAGCAAUUCUCGCCGACGCUCCGGUGCGAGUGCGUCCAACGACACGCCCAUGGAAGAGCCGGUGCGUACCGUGCUGGUCGUGAGCCCACAGAGUCAACUUCACGUGCUGCAGUCUGACAGGAAGUCAACGCUCAACUUCUGCACGGAAUAUAAGCAGCGGCAUAACUACUUUCGGAAGAUGGCAGUGCACGAGACCCAAGAGAAUGCAUCGCUCUGGGUGCUCCUGUCAAGGGCCAGGUGGAUUCGGAACGAGAAGUACGGCGCGGUCGUCGCGGUCGCUGGGCCAAAGGCGCUGUUUGAUCACCAAGAGACCAUUUGUCUCACCUCUGGCCUGCCGGUGGCGUCGAUGAGGUUUGGCGACCAAAGCAACGUGGGCCACCUUCUCAACUCGGAAGGGAUCGGCGACCGCGGCCGGGGAGGCCUCGGUGGCUGGGUCGCCAUGAAGCAGCCCGAAUGGGCAGAGCGGCUCUCGGCGGCAGAUGGGCUGACCCCGUGCGACAAGUGCGGCCACCCAACGAUGGUGCUCGUCUUCGAUGAGUCGGGUUGCGUAUGGAGGGACUCGCCCGCAGCCGAGGCCUGGAAUCUAGCGCCAAAUGCCGAUGUGUCGCUCAACGAGGGGUCGGUCGACCGUGAGAUUGACCCGCUCACCGGCCAGCAGCUCGAGAACUACUUGGAAGCCGACGAGGUGAUGGAAGAGGCGGGCGAGGAGCAGGACUCCCACGACGGCACCGAGCCCUCAGGCUUCUACCAGGAACUUCUCGAGGCAGUUGAAGAGCUGCCGCAGAACGGCGAGGGCGAGGAGGCGCUCUUGUCCACAUUUCCUGUCGACUCGCUGAGUCCCCUCGCCGCCGUCUCCCGCUCCAAGAUGGAGCUGAUGUCCGAUUGGUCAUUCCGGGUUUGGCGGCAGGGGCUGCCUCGCGAGCUCGCCCUUCGCGCCGUGCUUGGGCCGCAGAUGCGUGCCGAGCUUGAUCGGGUUUGGUCCCAGGUGCGGCCGCUCUUUGCUGCGACCGGCUGCAACCCGUUGCAGUUGAUGUCCUACAUGGAGCGCCAAUUCCCGUACGAGUACAAUUUGCUCGCCCACGCGGCCACCGGCGUCGAGCGCCACCAUCUCGUGCAAAGCUGCAUCGACUCGCCGCUGCCUGGCGACCACACGAUGAUGACCGAGCUGGCGGGACGCUUCACGGGACGCAUCAUCUUUGCGAUAGCGGGCACGUCCUCGCGGAGGGAGCGAGAGGACCCGGACACUCUCUCGCCGACCUAUGUGCAGAACCACGCGAAUGGCGCCCUGAUGCGCGAGAUCUCGAUGCUGCACUCCCUCCAGCCGCGUCUGCUCAUGCCUCUGCAAAAUGCCCUCGGAGUCGCCGUCCGCUCCGCCGUCAACAUGAGCGAGCUGUCCCAGUACCUGCGCGGAUUCCAAAUCGUGCCGGACGAGGAGGUCUCGCGAAAGUUCCUGCUCCAGGUGCAGAAUCUGGCCGAGAUGAACCGCGUGCUGCGCCUCGCUCAGUGGGCGACGCAGGGGGACGGCUGGACGGUCAGGUUAGACAACUGCGACGUGGGAAAGCUGCUGCACUUUGUCGCGAUGAUCGCGACUCGAGACCAUAAGCCACCGGCGGCGCCCUUCCCCUUCGUCUCCUCCGACCCCGUCAUCCCAAAACCGUUCGCACAGGGCGCGCACGAGGCGUGCCCGGCCCCUGCCACCCUUGCACGGCCGCCCUUCGAAGCUAUCGGCUUCGAGCACUUUAUGUCCUUCUCGGCGAUGGAGAUUGAGGCCGAAACCAAUUGGCGCAUCUUAAUGGAGGUAGCAGCGCCCUCAAAGCCCAACGAGCGGCGCGACUUUAUCACGGGGCAGCUCGAGGCGCGCGGCGCCAACCCGGCCGACUUUCUUCAUAAGAGCUGGCAGCAGCUCAAGAAGGUGCUCCUCGCCUCGCUGACUGAGGAGCGAUCCCCGGUCUCCGCCGCGCAGCCCGCCUCUACCCCGCCCGCCGCCGCGAUCCCGCCCGCGACCACCCCAGCAGCGAUGGAGGUCGAGGCGGACUUGGGAGGUGGCGGUGCGUGUGACGCGAGGCCGGCGAUGGACGAGGAGGAGGCGGCGCAGGUGCCGGCGCCGCAACCUUACUUUUGCUGCAUGGACAACACCAAGUCGGGCGGCAUCUGGUACUGCCCCGGCGGCUGCUUCCACUGCUUCCACAACUCGUGCAAUGCUGAGUUUCGCGACGCGGACGGCUUGCUCCCUGACAAGAACAACAAAAGCCGAGUCCUCGCACUGCCCGCUCUUGGCGAGCGCAACGCCUAUCAGCGGAGCCGGACCGAUAACUUUUUCGACCUCUACGCUCACUCGUCUUCCGAGGAGGGCGAGCUCCUCAUCACCCCGGAGCUCGACGCGCCGCUGCACCAGUGGUUUCAGGCACGGCAGUACCUGUACAACUCCUCGGGGCUGCUUGACGCCGCCACCAUCUCGUCGGCGAUCGCCACCCUCAACGCGUUCCGUGAUGCAGUGCGGAGAGGUCAUCUCCAGGCGAGACUUGGGGCGCUUGAUGAGGCGCAGCUGCACGCGGCUAUCGAUGAGGGGAUGUGGCGGUUUGGAUCGGCAUUGAGCGUGCUUUCGACUCUGCUGAGCAACACCGACACGCACCACCUCUUUCUGCGGGUCACCUUCACGCCAACGUGCUCCAACUGCCAUGAGCUCGCCCGCCCGCACUUGGUCCAGCCCUCUAACGACGAGUGGCGGCCGCUCAUCUUGUUGACCACGCAGGAGCUGUAUGCGGCAGGUGGCAACGUAUUGGCAGCGCUGGACAGAUCCUGCAGCACUGUGCGAUCCACGCGCUCAAAUAUGCGCUGCGCGCAAUGUGCGGGCACCCUUGAGCUAGUACCGCACACGAGCUGGCCUACGACACACGUCGGGGCGGGCCUGGCAGCGGCUGGAGGAGCCGCGAGCAACAGUGAUAGUGGCGUCCCCGCACACAGCGAUAGUGGCACCUUCCCUCGGCUCAUUGCCCUCGAGCUCCCCGAGCGCGCGCCAGCCACCUUGCAGCACAGCCUCCCUCAGCAGCACUGCUUUGGCACUGGAUCGGCCGCGGCAGCUUCGUUUCGACUCAUCGCCGUCCUCUACUAUCUGGACCAGUGUCACUUCAUCGCCUACGUCCUUGACCCGCGCGAGCUCAUCUGGCUCCGCUAUGAUGGCAUGCACGCGAAUGGUUGUGGCACGCCCAUGGCCGCUCCACACGGCCGCAUCCAGCACAACGGCGCCGAGUACUUUCCUGUCGCCGCAAUCUAUGUUAGGCGCGAGGAGGGCGAUCGAGGCACGGCCGGCAGUGUGUGGGAGCAUAUCGAGCGUUGGCUGGCUGUGGCGAUGUGA